GCGACCAAGGGGGCGGGGCUUCUGCCACCUAUGGUGGAGGAAAAAGAAAACGAGUCCGGAGCAGAAAGCGAAGCGGGAAACAAACAUCCAGCAUGUCGCCGGUGGACGAGGUGAAUCGUCCCGGUCGACCAUGAGGAGAGUCACGGUGUUCGUCCGCGGAGGCUCCGGCGGCGGGAAGGUGGUGUCGGUGUGCGGCUCCAUGGAGCAGCUGCUGACCGCGGCCGGCGACAAGCUGCGCGUCAGAGCCUCCGGUGUCUACAACGGGAACGGCGGCCUGAUAGAUGACGUCACGCUGAUCAGAGACGAUGACGUGCUGUACGUGUCAGAGGAGGAGUCGCGUGACGGUAAGAGGAAGUACUCACGUCCUGUACCAACAGGGUACAAGUACUGCGUUACAGCCCCUCAGGACGACCUCAGAGCUCCUGACCCUCAGACUCACACCGAUUGGCUGACGCUGAACGUGGGCGGACGCUGCUUCACCACCACCAGGAGCACGCUGGUCAGUAAAGAGCCUGAGAGCAUGUUGGCUCACAUGUUCAGAGAGAAAGCAGACGUGUGGGGGAACAAGCGCGACGCUCAGGGGGCGUUCCUGAUCGACCGCAGCCCCGACUACUUUGAACCCAUCCUGAAUUACCUGAGACACGGACAGCUGAUCAUCAACGAGGGCAUCAACCCUCUGGGCGUCCUGGAAGAGGCUCGCUUCUUUGGGAUCGAGCAGCUCGCCGAGCGGCUGGAGACGCUCAUCAAGUCAUCUCAGCCGCCUGACGACCACUCACCUCUGACCCGUAAGGAGUUCAUCAGGUUCCUGUUGGCCACGACAACCAAGUCUGAGCUGCGCUGUCAAGGUCUGAACUUCAACAGUGCAGAUCUGUCUCGUCUGGAUCUGCGCUACAUCAACUUCAAGAUGGCGAACCUGAGGGGAGCCAACCUGACCCACGCCAACCUGAGCGGGGCCAACCUGGAGCGGGCCGACCUGAGCAUGGCUAGUCUGGACGGGGCGAACCUUCAGGGAGUCAAGAUGCUGUGCACCAACGCUGAGGGAGCUUCACUGAGGAGCUGCAACUUUGAGGAUCCAGCCGGAGUCAAAGCUAAUCUGGAGGGAGCCAACCUGAAGGGCGUGGACAUGGAGGGGAGUCAGAUGACGGGGAUCAACCUGAGGGUCGCCACGCUGAAAAACGCCAAACUGAAGAACUGCAACCUGAGAGGAGCCACGCUGGCCGGGACGGACCUGGAGAACUGCGACCUGUCGGGAUGUGACCUGCAGGAGGCGAACCUGCGCGGCUCCAACGUGAAGGGAGCCAUCUUCGAGGAGAUGCUGACGCCUCUGCACAUGUCGCAGAGCGUCCGCUGAAGUCCGCUUCACACACACACACACACACACUUGAUGAACCAGUAAAAACCAAACACCAACUCGUCUCCACGUGAAUUUAACAUCUUACACUUUUUUCUUUCAUGUGUAAAAGAUUAAUUUUUUUAGCUUUAUAUUUUUAAAUCAUCUUCAUCUUUGUGUCUUUUGUUGAACAUCAGAGACAAAACCUGUUUUUAUAAUUUGAGAUUUUGAAUGUCAUCAAAUUCCUGGAUCCAUCAGAACAUUCAAGAUUCUCUCGACUUUCCAGGUUUUGAACAGUUUGUUCUUGGUCCAGAUAUUUGGAAGCCUAGUGGACGAACCGGAUCAGAACCUGAACCUGUUCCAUGUUGGAGGGAAUGAGGAAACACGUGAGAACAAGAAUCAUAUCAUCAAAAAAUCUUACUAACCGAUGCUGAGUGAAGCUGCUCGUCUUCAAUAUAUUGUUAUAAAAUGAAACAUUGUGAUUUAAUAUCUGCAGUAAUGUUACAGUUUCAUUAAACUGCUGUUUUACUUUUAUUACAGAAACAUGUAUAUUAUAUUAAAUGUCUGAUCCUGCUGAUCUGAUGAAUGUCUGUCAAUCAUCUUCACUUCUGACGUGAACCUGGUGACCUGUGAAACCACCGACGUGCUGAACCUGAAACUGUUAUGUCAUUAGCAGAAUCAAUAAUAAAUAAAUAAAUGUGUUUUUCUUAAAACUUCA